AUGGGUCGCGAAUUGCAAAAGAAGAAGCGGCGGGCCAUGCGCCAGCCCGCCCGGCCCAAGAAGCCCUCCAAGAAGGUCCUCAACCCGCGGGGCAACAACGUGAUUGCGCAGAACUGGGACAAGAAGGAGACGCUCGCGCAAAACUACCGCCGCCUGGGCCUCGUCGCGCGGCUCAAGGCCCCGACCGGCGGCGUGGAGAAGAAGCUGCUCAGCGGCACGGCCACGGCCACGACGACGCGCGCGACGCCCAACGACCCCUUCGCCAUCACCACCAUCGACAAGGCCGUCGUCUCCGAGGCCAGGGUCGAGCGCGACGCGGACGGCAAGAUUGUGCGCGUGCUGGGCCGCCCCGGCGACAACCCGCUCAACGACCCCCUCGCACUGCUCGACUCCGACAACGAGGACGAGGAGCUGGAAGACGUUGGUGACGGCGUGCCGGCGGCGGCGGCGGCGGUGAACCAGCACGGCGGCGACGAGGAGGAGUGGGGCGGCAUCGCCGAGCAGGAGGCGCAGGAGGGCCAGGCCACGGACGUGGUGCGCUCGCUCAUCGCCGAGUCGCACAACGCGGCGCCCAAGAAGGCAAGGCACACGAGCGAGCGCGAGAGGGAGUGGCUCGAGAGGCUGGUGGCCAGGCACGGCGACGACACGCGCGCCAUGGCCCGCGACGCCAAGCUCAACCCCAUGCAGCAGACGGCGGCGGACAUUGCCAAGCGCAUCAAGAAGAUGCAGCGCGAGGCGUGA